CGCUAACACCGCCCCCCUGCCCUUCGCCCCUCCCCACACGCUCUCUGGUCCGCGGGGCCACGUCUGGGUUCCCGACUACCUCGUCCCCGCCCGGCCUUUGGUUUCCGUACAAAAUGGUGCCCUACGGCGCUCAGGGUCGUCGCCGUACAUCGCCUCCAGCCCAUCUUCCACCCCAGCAGAAUGAAACUGAAACAUGAGCGUGUUUGCUGAGAAACACUGGAUCGGCGAGGGAAGUCGAGAUUCCCUGGCGGAUAGGGAAGUGGUAGAAAUAAAACGAAGACGGGACAAUCGCUUCGGAGGGAGCGCUGACAUCUUGCUUUACGCGCCGCGCGCAGGCUUCCGGAAAGCCACUUCCGGCCGCGCCCGGGAGGUCGGAAGCGGCGCCGGAAGUGAGCCUGUUGGCUCCCGACGCGGAGGCGGUGCGGCGGGUCGAGUCUUGAGACCAGCCUGCUCCGCGCUUAGGACGGGAGGUCGUCUUCAGCAGUGACUGCUCCCUCCGGGAAGUCAGCGAUGCCCCAGCGACGGUGGCUCAGCGGACGGCUCUGACAGGCAAUGUGUCUCCUGGGGGCCUCCGGCCGUCGCGGUGAGCCAGCCCCUCGGCGAGGCGCCCACAGCGCGUCGUCUGCCCGGCGAACAGCGGAGCCACCUCAGGAGCUGCGCUGCAGUGGAGCAGGCGAAGGGACGGAGUCGCCUUUGCUUCCUUGGGAUCUCCUCCCGCCCUUCCCUCACCGCGUGAAAAACCGCGUCCAAAGAAAUAUUUCUUCCCAGGCAUAGACCCCUAUGCUUCCAGGGCAAACUCCAGCAUGGGGUGAGGUGCAGAAGAGAGACUUGAGGGGUGUACUCUGGCACUCAGUUACCAAACCUGCCCCCUAGAUCAGGGGUACAGAACAUCCUGCUCCAAAGGCAUGAGAAGAGAACAUCCUGUAUUGGCCACUCCUGCCCAGUGUGGAGAGGAGCAAAACUCCAGAGCCCACCCCUGAAGGUUUGUGGCUUUCAAGGCUUUUUUUCAAUGGAUCCCAUUUAUGGCGUGUUUUAACCAGAGCUCUGGGUAUUUAUGAUGUUUCCAUAUACCAAUAAGAAAACUACUGCUGACCAUUUCGUUUGCUCCCUCUCCCUGACCUGUUGAGUGACACAGCCUAUAACUCUUAGCAACUAUAUCUAAUCUCCACUGAAUUUAGCUGGGACCAGUCCAGUAGCCUUGAGGAGAGUACUCAGUGAUGAGGCCCACAGGAGGUUCUAUACAGAAAGGCUGAUCCUGCUCCCAGACCGCUACCUGGACCAACUUGUCAAGAGGAUUCAGGGAUAACAUUUGAGAUAAAGAGGAUAGCAGAUCAGAUCCCAUUCCCAUAAAGGGGCUUCUCUACUACUCUGGGUUCUCAGAUCCCUGGAGAUAGGGCAAUGAGAAAAGUCUGCAGAAUAUUUGCGAAGAACUUGGAUGACCUGAGAAUUAAGAAGGAAUGCUUCUUCCUUCUCCGCAGGGUUCCUGAAAAUGUGAAAAGCACUUCUAGGAUAAUGCCAUUAACUUUUAAUAUUAUUCUUUGUGGAUUGUUCAUGUUCCUUUUUGUCCCUUUCCUGGGUCCUGAAUUGCUUUCUCAAGGCUAGGCCGGGGAACUUUGAGGCUGUGUACUGGUGCGGAGUGAUUAUCAGGUACUGUCCAAAGCCAAGGUGCAAUACUUUGGGGUCUCUUAGAUAACCCUCCCUUGCCCAGGCCCCAGCCCUUUCUGAGACUUUUGCCCAGACUGCUGCUUCUGUUCAGGUUUAUGCUUCAUCCCAUUGCCCUCCUUGUCCUUCCAGCUCAGAUCUGGCUGGGUUCACGUUGGGGACUUAGGAAACCAGGGCCUCAGAGGAAGGUGUUGAUGUGGUUUAGGCCCGGGGGGCCUUCUCAUUGCCCAUCCCUCCUGGGUGUUGCCUAGUGCAUCUCCAGGCCAAGACCUCUGAUCUAAGGACAGAAAACAGGCUGGGUACUCCUCAUCCCCUGCCAAGCAGAGUUUUGGAAGCAAACUCCCUCUCUGAAUCCCUCCUGCCCUUCCUGGUGGCACGAGGACCACCCCACCCCCACCCACCCCCCACCCGCCAAUAUUUCUAGGAGUUUAUGGCUUUGCCUCCUCUUGGAGAAUGGACUCGGAGAUGGCCUAGCUGGGGGUUACAAGAAACAGGGACCCUGUGCUUGCCACUCCAUUCCCCAAGGUGUAGCUGUUGCAGCUGUUCCCGUGGCUUACGGUGACCUUCCCCCUGUAGGGCUCAGGGCUCAGGGUGAACCUGGCUGCAGCCCACUCCAGAAAAAGCUGCAGAGCCCCCCCACAAAAGAAGGAACCUGGACCUGCAGACCCGUUUUCCAGGCCUCCCCCUCUUCCCUCUGCUACUCCCUUGGUAGGCCUUCGGGAAACUGAGAGCAACGCGCAGCUUGAGGCGGCAGACCCCGGCCUGGACCCCGAGCGCCCGCCGGCCUAGCCCUCACCAUGCUCGCCGCGUCAGAGGCGGCGGCGGCGGCGGGAAGGCCUUACGUGUGCAGUGAGUGUGGCAAGAGCUUCCGCUACAGUUCGGUGCUGCUGCGGCACGAGCGCGCCCACGGCGGCGACAGCCGCUACCGCUGCCUCGACUGCGGCGAGCGCUACGCCCUGGCCGCCGACCUCCGCGCACACCGACGCGCCCACGCCGGCCAGACGCUCUACAUCUGCAGCGAGUGCGGCCAGAGCUUCCGCCACAGUGGCCGCCUUGACCUGCACCAGAGCGCGCACAGGCCGCGCAGCCGCUCCUGCCCCUGCCGCGCCUGCGGCCGCAGCUUCCCACACCUGUCGGCUCUGCUGCUUCACCGCCGCCGCCGGCACCCGCCCGAGCGGCCCCGCCGCUGCCCGCUGUGCGCCCGCGCCUUCCGUCAGAGCGCGCUGCGCUUCCACCAGGCGCGGGCGCACCGGUGGGGGGCCCCCCUCCCGCCCCUCGAGCCGCCGCGCCGCUGCGCCCAGUGCCCGCGGGCCUUCCGCAGCCACGCAGGCCUGCGGAGCCCCGCACGCGUCCACGCGGCCCGGAGCCCCGGUGGCGCCACGGCUGCUCAGCCCCGCGCUCCGGGUACACACCGGUGCGGCGUGUGCGGGAAGAGCUUUGGCAAGAGCUCCACGCUGACGCGACACCUGCAGACGCACUCGGGCGAGAAGCCUUUCAAGUGCCCGCAGUGCGGAAAGGGCUUCCCGGAGAGCGCCACGCUGGUGCGCCAUCAGCGGACGCACACGGGGGAGAAGCCCUAUGCGUGCGGCGACUGUGGGCGCCGCUUCAGCGAAAGCUCCACCCUGCUGCGCCACCGGCGCAGCCACCAGGGAGAGCGGCCGCACGCGUGCGCCACGUGUGGCAAGGCCUUCGGGCAGCGCUCCGACCUCGUGGUGCACCAGCGCAUUCACACGGGCGAGAGGCCCUUCCCGUGCGCCGAGUGCGGCCGCCGCUUCAGCGACCGCUCCGACCUCACCAAGCACCUGCGCACGCACACGGGCGAGAAGCCCUACGGCUGUGAGCUGUGCGGCCGACGCUUCACGUGCGUGUCCAACCUCAACGUGCACCGGCGCAACCACGCGGGGCUCAAGCCGCACAAGUGCCCCGAGUGCGGCAAGGCCUUCGGCGUGGGCUCCAAGCUGGCGCUGCACCGCAAGACCCACCUGGGCGAGCGGCCGGCGCGGUGCGCCGAGUGCGGCAAGUGCUUCAGCCACAGCCGCUCGCUCUCGCAGCACCAGCGGGCGCACGCGCGCGCUCGGGCCGCCGCCCAGGCCGCCCAGGCCGCCCAGGCCACGGCGGGGGCUGCGCUCAUCUUUGCCGGGCAGGCAGGACAGGAGAAGCCGGACUCUCUGUGUCCUAGUUGAGGGACACUUGCCGAGCAGCUCGUCUGUCGUGGGCUAGGCAAGCGCGGAUACGCUGCCACGGGGACGGAGGGCUGUGUAGACAGCGUGGCUGCCGGUCGCCUUUCCACGUCUCCGACGGUAGCCCGUCACCUGGACUGCUGCCGCGCCCCUGCAUCUACUUCCCUGGUCGGCUCUUCCCGUCCGCCGUCCUCCCUGCCCUCCCCCUGGGGCGUAGGUGCAGGGAGUCAGGGAGACCUCCUAGACAGGGAAGAGAGCCCAGGUGUUGGUGUGUUCCCGUCGCUGCUGCUGCGCCCUCAGAGGUUUUCCUGUUUUCCGACCUGUGUUCUAUCUGCCCUCGUCCCAUCCCCCUUUCCAGCCUGAGUCUCCUCUAGCUCUCCUUCCCGCCUACUUCUGUUGUCCUGCAUCUUCAGGUAAUGAUCACAGAUGUGGCCACAGGGACAACCAGCCGCCUGUGGGCUUCUUGCCCCUUGGUUCUACUUGAGUCUCUGCUGCUUUCCCCCUGGGCUCAGGGAUAUUGGGAAAUGUGUAGGCAGAGAGAUCAUGGGACAGCUCAUUUCAGUGAAAGACAUCAUGCCAGAAGCAACCGGCCUGCUCCCUGGCAGGGAAGGCCCACCCAGAGUGAAGCUGGGCAGGAGCCCUCAGCAAAGCACCCACCUGUCCCAUGGACAGACCUGAUGGUGUCCAGAUCAAAGUGCCUCUCAGGGCAAUAUUCUCCAGUUGGGGCGGGUGGGGGGGAGGGGCAUUAACUUCGGGCCCUAGACAGAGACCACAUGGGGUCUAUAAAGCAGAGUAUUGCCAAGUGGAGCAUCAGAAUGUUAUUUCCAAAUCAAGCUUGGAGCCAUGCGGAAAUUGAGCUCCACAGAGUCAAUAGUGCAGGGCAGAAAAUCUGAAAUUGGCCAGCGAUUUUUUUUUUGCUUAUGACUGGUGAAAUAAAGCUUGUUUGUUUGG